AUGGUGCCAUACUGCAGUGUUGAUCACCAAAAAGCUGAUCGCCCAGCCCACAAGCUCGCUUGCAGCAGGAUUAAAAGAUGCCGUGAAGAUAUGCAGGCCAAAGAAAAAGCCUUGCGCGAUGCCCCAGAAGGGUACUUUACUCAUAAUGUUGGAGUAUUCUGGAAAAUUCACGAAACACGCCCUUACAUGCAAGCUCGUGCUGCCUACACUUCCGCCCUGUCUAAUGUUUUCCGCUACGAGACAAUUGGGGCGCAACUUGAUGUCCUAAUGGGGGACCUGCAGCUUUGUCGAGGCGAUAACAUGGGAUCCCGUGAGCUUAUUCCCGGCUUGAUGAUCCGCCUGAACAAGGAUCAAGAAUGCUAUGAUUUCCUGAAAUGGUGGGCAACAACGAAUGAGAGCCGCAUCUAUGACUGGAGUGAUAUGAGCCUGCCAUACCUUGAUAUCAAGGAUGCCAAUGUUCUUGAACCGGUCGAUUCUUUCAUUAAGAAUUCUUUCGAUCUUCCGCAUCUGGUUAUGGUGACUCUUCUCAAAAUCAGGGUUCUUUGGAUAAUCAUGGCCAUGAUUAAACCAGAUACGCGGACCUACCUUGUCGAAAUGACGGGAAUGACGGGUUCGAACAUCAUCAACCAUUCCUUCGUGGCCAAUUGCCAGAAUCCGUGGGACGAAAGUGUGAAAAUCAAGGGUCAGAUCCGCGAAUUGUACGACGCUGUCAACAAGAUUAACGCGCACUUCUGGCCGGCGCUUGUCGACCCUGGAGACAACCUUGAUGUUGAAGCAAGAUUGUUCAUGAUUGGAAGUAAAGAGCAGAUGCAAUCGACUUUACGGAUAACCUGGGAAGCCUGGAGUGAGACUUUCGGCGCAAUUGACGUCAUUGAGCAGGCAGUCAAAGGCAAAAAGGCUCCCUUUUCUAAAGAUAAUUAG